AUGCUGCCCGCGCGCUUCCUCAAGCUCUCGCUGCUUCGCCGCCUCGCCGCCGCCCGCGCGGCCGAGGCGCCCCCGCCGCUGAAGACCAGGCUAUUUCCAGUGCGAGGUUACCAGUCUCGAGGUUAUUCUACCGGCGGAAGCUCCAAGUAUAACAAGCCAAUGAAACAGUUUGUUGAGGAGGAUGUGUCAACUUCGCGGCCACUGAUAUAUUACAUUGUCCCAUCUGCCAUUCUAGCGUUUGCUGGACUAGCCACGUUCGUUCACUAUAAUGAUGAGAAGCGUAUGAUUCCCUUAGAAGCACAGCAGACCAGUGUUCCCAAAAGGUGCAAUAUCAACAGACCUGCUAUAGGAGGACCAUUUAAGCUCUAUGAUACAGAAAACAACGUUGUGACUGAAUCAAAGCUUCGAGGAGAUUGGACGCUGAUGUAUUUUGGCUAUACAUCAUCCCCAGAUGUGGGGCCAGCAGAAGUUCAGAAGAUCGCUGAUGUUGUUAAGCUGUUAGAGUCAAAGCAUGAUAUCAAGAUUAAACCACUCUUCAUCACAAUUGAUCCUCAACGUGAUUCACCAGCUCAGCUUAAGGCAUAUCUUAGUGAAUUUGACCCAAGAAUAGUAGGAUUAACAGGCUCUGUUGAUGCAAUAAGACAGAUAGCACAGGAAUACCGCAUUUUCUUCAAAAAAGUUGGUGAAGUUGGCCAGGAUUAUAUUGUAGAAAGUUCUCAUAACAUGUACUUGCUAGAUCCAUGCUUGGAGACAGUUAGAUGCUUUGGAGCUGAGUAUAAGGCACCAGACCUUGCUGAGGCGAUAACAACGGAGGUCCAGAAAGCAUCUAAUUCAGCAACAAAUUAGUCUCUAUUGCUUGUGGUAGCUUUCUAGAGGCGAUGGUGAAAGAAUUUUCUUCUGAUGGUUAAUUGGGUCAAUUCGACGGUUUAGUAGUUUCCAAUGUCUGCUCUGAAGCACUUACCCUGCCCCUGUAUAGCCUUGCCAGUGGAAGGGUGACAUGGCGUACCUUUUCAUCUAGCCCUUCCUUCAACUGAUCCGGUCUCCAAUUUCCUGUCCCCGCUCAUUGCUUUGCAAGAUUUGAGCAAAACUGUACAGUGCCUCACGCGAUGAACGUUUCUUCGGAGUUACAAUUCACCUGCAGUUUCGCUGCGCCUGAAUGUUUUUCAAACCGGAUGAGCCAAAACUACAUGUAAUCAACUUCCGUGGCAUAGUUUCAGGAACUCGUUUAUGCAGUUAUGCCUUUUGGCCUUUUGAAUGAACAGGUAAGCAGGAAAGUUUACAACA